AUGUUCUUGGGGAAACUGGCCGAUUCUCCCAGAGGCGGUAGAAAGCUUGUUCUAAUGGGGGGAAUAGCUGGAUCAUAUUUCAAGCAGGCGCUGGCGUUGCGGAUCCUCGAAGGUCUAGUCAACGGAAAUGUGGCGACAGUGAGGACGAUGGUCUCCGAGGUUGUCGUGGAGAAACGAUUUCAGCCUCAUGCUUUCUUGUUGCUUCCGAUCUCUUUCAACGUUGCUGCCAUGGCUAGUCCCCUCAUGGCCGGGCAGCUGGCUGACCUAGCGGGGAAAUACCCGGAUAAGUUUGGGAAUAAUGCAUUUCUGAAAGCGUGGCCGUAUGCACCACCAGCUAUCCUCAGCGGAUCUAUCAUGCUGUUGGCCUUCUUCGCGGUCUUGCUUUUCCUAGAAGAAACUCUAGAGCCCCUGAAAGAUAGAUACGAUCCUGGCGUCGCCUUCACCCGAAGAGUUCGAUACCUUUUGUUUGGAACCAAGAUCUCGACAGCAACCAGAGCAGGCCAUGAGGAUGCCACUGACGAAGAGAUGUCACAUAUGAUCACGGAAUACUCUGACCCAUCUGAAAGGGAUUCCGAAGAGGAAAGGUCACCAAUGAAGGCAGUCAAGACAACUCCCAUGAUCUUACCAACUAGGCGCAUGUUCACUAAAAAUAUGUGUCUCACGCUUGUUUCAUACGCCAUCCAGGAGUAUCACAUCACGACCUACAACACUCUGUGGACGAGUUUCCUCAGCGACCCGGUUGACAAAGAAGGCAAACUCAAGCUCCCUUUUUUCUUUUCUGGCGGAGCCGGGAUGAGGCCAGACCAAAUUAUGUGGUCUCUCUUCAUCGUCGGAAUGAUGGGAUUACCCACACAACUUUUCAUCUAUCCCCGCAUCAGCCGUCGUCUCGGGACUCUGAAGAUGUGGCGCAAGUUCAUGCUUGGGAUGCCGCUACUCUACUUCAUCGUGCCUUACAUCGCAGCUAUGCCCUCGACUACACCACCACCAGCUGGUAAAACUGGGUUCGUCGUUUGGUUCCUCAUCAUCCUGGUUCAAAUCAUGAUGGUGGGCACAUCCACAUUUGUCGUACCAGCGCAACUUGUUCUGACCAAUUUGUAA